AACUGAAAACCGGUCGAGUUCCAAGCUUUUCAUUUUCCCAUUUCAUGGCGGAAUCUCUCUUCUCUGCUGAAUUUGUUGACACAUAAUGGCGUUAAACAAUGAUUAAAGUUUCCCUCUCAUUCUAAUUUAAUGAAGUGGAGACAGUGAUGAGUCUCGAUGAUUAAAGUAAAGGCGACAGAUGUGAAAUGCGACAGCGUAGUAUAAUUAUUGUCUUAGUCAACCAUUGACGCUGAACACAACAGCUCCAACAAAUUAUAGUCUUCCUCUCCAUCUACCGAAUCUAGAUAGAGAGAGAAUGGGGAGUUACAGAGUGUGCAUGUGCUUCACGCGGAAGUUCCGCGUGACGGAGGCGGAGCCGCCGGCGGACGUCAAGGAGGCGUUCCUGAAGUACGCCGACGGCGGGGCUCAGAUGUCGGUGGAGCAGCUGCGGAGGUUCCUGGUGGAGGUCCAGGGCGAGGCGGAGGGCGACGACGCCACCGCCGCUGCGGCGGAGAACAUCGUGCAGCAGAUCCUCCAGAAGCGCCACCACAUUGCCAAGUUCACGCGCCACGCGCUCACUCUCGAGGACUUCCACCACUACCUCUUCUCCGCCGACCUCAAUCCCCCGAUGAACAGCAAGGUGCACCAAGACAUGACAGCUCCGCUGUCUCACUUUUUCAUAUUCACCGGGCAUAACUCUUACCUCACUGGGAACCAGCUCACGAGUGACUGCAGCGAUGUGCCAGUUAUAAAGGCGCUGCAGAAGGGAGUGAGGGUGAUAGAGCUCGAUAUAUGGCCAAACUCUUCAAAGGAUGACGUGCAUGUUCUCCAUGGAAGAACCGUGACAGCACCUGUGGACCUCUUAAAGUGUCUAAAGUCGAUAAAAGAGCAUGCCUUUUCUGCUUCUCCAUACCCUGUCAUAAUAACAUUGGAGGAUCACCUUACGCGUGACCUGCAAGCUAAAGUUGCUCAGAUGCUCUCCCAAGUAUUUGGAAAAAUGCUUUUCUGCCCAGAGUCAGACUGCUUAAAAGAAUUUCCGUCACCAGAAGAGUUGAAACAUCGCAUUAUUAUUUCCACAAAACCUCCUAAGGAGUACCUUGAAGCUCAGAACCUUAAGGGCGGUGAAUCACUUAGGAGAAAAGAUUCUGAGGAUGAUGUGUGGGGAAGCGAGCCUUCGUGCCUCACGGCCGAACAAGAAGAAGAAGAUAAGAUGGACAAUGGAAUGACAGACCUGAAUCCUAACAAUGAGGAUGACGACGAUUGUGAUCCUGGAUUUCGUGAAGCACCUGAAUAUAAACGCCUUAUAGCUAUCCACGCUGGGAAACCAAGAGGAGGGAUGAAGGAAUCACUAAAAGUAGAGGCUGAUAAAGUGAGGCGCUUAAGUGUUAGUGAGCAAGCUCUCGAAAAGGCUGCUGAAUCUUAUGGGACAGACAUUGUCAGGUUUACACAGAGGAAUAUUCUGAGAGUCUAUCCUAAGGGAACUAGAUUCAACUCGUCGAAUUACAAGCCUCAAGUUGGUUGGUUGCAUGGAGCUCAAAUGGUUGCAUUUAAUAUGCAGGGAUAUGGAAGAUCACUUUGGUUGAUGCAAGGAAUGUUCAGGGCCAAUGGGGGCUGUGGUUUUGUGAAAAAGCCUGAUAUAUUGAUGAAUGCUAACGAGGUUUUUGAUCAUAAAGCGAAGGCCUCCGUCAAGAAAACCUUAAAGGUGAAAGUAUACAUGGGGGAUGGCUGGCAUUUGGAUUUUAAACAAACUCACUUUGAUUCAUAUUCGCCACCCGACUUCUACGUGAGGGUUGGCAUAGCCGGUGCACCGGCUGAUGAGAUGAUGAAGAAGACGAAGACGAUAGAGGACAACUGGAGCCCUGUUUGGGAAGAGGAAUUCACAUUCCCUCUCACUGUUCCUGAGCUAGCUCUGCUAAGAAUCGAAGUGCAUGAGUAUGAUAUGUCCGAGAAGGAUGACUUUGCUGGCCAAACCUGUCUUCCGGUCGCAGAGCUCAGGCCCGGCAUACGGUCCGUGCCUCUCUGUGACCGGAGAGGCGAGCGCGAGAAGCUGAAAUCUGUCCGCCUUCUGAUGCGGUUCGACAUCUCAUGAUUAUCAAGAUGCAGACCACCUUAGGAGUCAUGUUCAUUCGACAUCUCGGUAUAAGAAAACGACGGGACGAACCCCGUCGUUGAGGAGGGCCCACGCCAUGCCCCCAGUUUCUAGAGUUUCAUGGAGGAAGUUAACGGUGGAAUCUGCCUCCGUUGGCGAGUGUCAGAGCUACUGUUUUGUAGUUUUACUUCUGUUUGUAAGGAGACCUGCAGUUGUUGGUGUGUUUUGAGUGAGAAUAAAGUGAUAUCCAGUUUUUAAGUUAAUUUAAUUUAAUUUUUAAAGCAACAUCA